UUUGGAGAUAAGGUGAUAGAGCUCUUUGGUCUGGAGAGUGUAUCAGCGGAUACAAAUUGUCAAAAGCACGAUGGAGCCCCUCCGCACUGUGGCAUCGGUGUCCGUGAGUUGUCGGAGGAACGGCUGCCAGGGAAGUGGAUCGGUUGCCGUGGUCCCGUGGAGUGGCCGCCCAGAUCCCCUGACUUAACGCCCCUCGAUUUUUAUCUAUGGGGACAUCUUAAGCAGAUAGUGUAUGCUGAGAGCAUCCGUGAUUUGAGACACCUGGAGGAACGCAUACAACACGCCUGUGACCAAAUUGCGGCGACUACAGUUGUGCAUUGCACGGGAUGGACAACACGUAGAACAUGUGUUGUAGCAGUCGGUAUGAAGGAUUGUGACAUUGAUGUGGUGCUGCCAGUGACUGGGAUUCGCUUCAUUUUGCAGACAAGAUGUCCACAGUUUUCUCUGGACGACUCGUUAAGUGCCACUGAAGCUGCAGUGUGUGAAGUCGGUAAGGAGGUCAGGGUGCGGAGAUCCCGGCACGGCGUCUCGUCCUCUCGUGACGGCACGCGGUGUUCGGCUACCGGAAGGUCCGUGCCGAAGCCUCCGGACAGUUCCGCGACGCUCGUGGCGGAGGUUCCGGCCGAGCCGGUUAUUCGAGGCGGCACACUGCUACACGCACCGAGCCGGACUGCACACUCGUGGCCAGUGUGGGAAAUCUUUCACCCUCUCUUACGACUCGAAAGAGGACGAAAGGCGGGACGAGGGGGAAGAGCUACAGCUGCGACGUGUGCGGGAGAGUGUCCUCGCACCACGUGUGGAUCGGCCCGACCGCUGUAACGCGGCAGUCCGGCUACCUGCGAAACCGCGUCCGCGUACACACGGAGGAGUGGCUGUUCACCUGCCACAUUCGCAGUAAGUUAUUCGGAUAGGUGCAUCUGUGCGUGCUAGCGUGCUCGCACACCGGCGAGUCGGCGCGGUCGGGAGAUCUGCGACGAGCUGUUCUUCUGUAACACGCGCCGGAAGUUGCACAGGCGUGUGCGUAGUGGACUCUGGCAGAGGCACCGGAAGGCACGAAGUUGGCGAGCUGUUACUGUUAUGUUUUACCACUUGUACAUACCUGCAGAAAAUCGUAUUGUAUCAGCCUCAGCUAUUUUUUUCAGAAGACCUAAAUUGUCGGUAAUUAAAAGGAAUUACACGCACGACUUCUGUAUAUUUCUUCAACGUUUGCACAUUGCUAUGAGAUGUUUCUAUUUGCAUAUAUUUUGCACUGUAUGGUAUGUACCUAUUGACAGAAACUCUGCAAUUGCAAAAGCUUCUUGCAUCUCAAUCUUUUUUUCAUAACCUGUACUGAUAGCAAUAAUAAAGAUUUUAUUUUAUUGUAGCUGAUACUGGUACAAUAUGCAUUUCAGUUUCUCUUUACUCUGUCUCGUGUAAAGCUCGUAGUCGAGUAACGGGAGCAUUCUGUUAAGUAAUAACAAAGAGGAUAUCAUUUGAAAAAGUUGCGAGACUGUCAAUUGCUAUCGAGUGGGACUUAUUGCCGAUUACUUGUUUUGCAAUGUGCACGGAAGAGAUCGAUCAAAGUUUCGUGUCGAUUCUCAGUUUCUCGAAAUAAAACUGUAGUAAGUAAUAGGGUGAUAAUUUUGGACGUACAACUCGUUUAGAUUUGGCAGUCGUCAUUUUUGUGGGUGUCAGAUGGUGGUGUGGAGGACACGAUCGUGAAACAAAGUAUAAAACUGUACUUGCCUCCACUGGCAACUAGAGGGUUUUAUUUCGAGAAAUUUAAGUUUUUCUAUUUUAGUGUCAGCUGUAUAUAUAGCUUAUUGAGUGUUGCAUGUUAUGUGGUAGUUACUAAUAAGCCAAGCUGCUUAAACAGUAAUCUGAAACAGAAGUUUUGUCAGCUGUCCUCGGGUGGAGCAUCGUAGUUGCACAGGGCGUAUACACUGCAGCUGGUGUCUGGGUUGUACUGAGAUUUGAUGCCUGUGCCUCCAGGAUCCAGUGCAGUGUUUUACACAGCACACCUCAUUCCUGGGAGUCUCGGAGGAAGGAAGACACCAAAUUAUAAUAUGUAUUCUGGGCCACAGUUGAAAAGGGAGAAGGAAAUGUGAAGGGAAAGCCUAAAAUUGUGUGAAACCGGUGACACUGCCAUGUCGGUACGUGGCCAGUUUGUCCUCUUGUAAGGUGGGUUUAGGGUGUACGAGUGCUUACGGCACCUCUUUACUGGAUGUCUCGUGUACACAAUUUGACUGCGAACCGUAUUGUCCUCGUCAGAGCCUGGUAUAUUUCAUUUGAUAUUCCUUAAAAGUUGCACUCAGUUGUAUACUGUAGCAGACGUGCACUGUGGAGGGUGAAGGGAAUGUCAGCUCUGGAUUACGCUGACUGAUACU